AUGAAUCUCCGGUCUCAAGGGUCCUUAUGGACGCUCUUCAUACUCGCCGGCCUCGCCGCCGCCCACGGUGGCCAUGAAAUGGUCCCUGAAGGCGAAGCCAUCUCUCUCGAGCCUCUCGACGCGAUACUAUGGGUGCACAUUCUGUUGAUGGGAUUCGCAUUCGGCAUCAUUUUUCCGCUGGGUAUGGUGUUGGGGAUUGUUCGCUCGCGCUGGCACGUUCCUGUUCAAGUCGUUGGAUCCUGCAUCGCCACUGUUGCUUAUUUCCUCGGCCACGCGCACAAGGGUCGCCAAUUUGGACCGAACGCUCACCACUCUUUCGCCAACUGGCUCAUGCUGAUGCUGAUCGUGCAAGUCGCCCUGGGAUUUUAUCUGAAGCUCCAUCUGGAGAAGGGAGGACAGGGACGGAUUCGAUGGAUCUUUGUCCUGGCCCACGGUGUUCUCGGCAAGGCGAUGCCUGUUGUUAGCUGGGUGCAAAUCUUGUUUGGUGGAAUCGCCGCGCUCGGUUUUUGCCAGGGCGACCACCUUGGACAGUGUGCAGCCCAUUUCAUUAUGGGCAGUGCUUUCAUCGCAUACGGCAUUUUGCUGACCAUCCUGCUGCUGGUCGGCCAGUACUGGCUCCGUCGCACGGGCCGCAGCCAGGAGUUUUUCGACUCCCUGAUCAUUGCGGCUUGGGGCUGCGUCAACACUUUCACCGAGCACCGCUGGGGUGGUCCCUGGGUGCACAACGACCUCCAGCAUACUACCAUGGGUAUCAUCUGGUGGUGUGCUGGUCUGCUGGGCAUGUGGCUUAGCCGCUCCCGGGACGGCCGCCCUAAGCGCAACCUGAUUCCUGCGAUUGUUAUUAUGAUGACCGGGUAUGCCAUGUCAGCUCACACUCAGACUCUGAUGAUCAGCACUAUGGUCCACUCUGUCUUUGGAUAUACACUGAUGGGUGCUGGUCUUGCUCGCGUGAUUGAAAUUUCCUUCGUUUUGCGUGAUCAACCUGCUGUCAGUAUGAGCGGAACCGACCCCGACAGCUUCCAGUAUCUCACUCCAUUUUUACUGUGUGCCUCGGGCUUCUUGUUUAUGGGCGCCACCGAGGAGCAAAUGGAGCUUCUGAGUAACGCUGGUGUCAUGCACGUUUCGUACGUGCUAAUUCAGUACAGUUUUGCAUUCCUUCUUUUCCUCUUUGUCAACGUCCUUCUCCACAUCUACGCUGUCCAUGCCUGGCCCAACGGCCCCGAGGAAGAGACCGAAGGUCAAGGCAAGUACACCAAUGUCAAUGGUAUCAAUGGUCGUGCGCGCUCUCAAUCCGAGACGCAGCGUAUCCACGAUGCGGAGGGUUUCGAGCUUGAAGGCUUAAUUAGUGACGAAGAGGAGGGCGAAUCGUCUUCCAUGGGCCCGAAAAGGUCCCUGGACGAAGAACUGGGCAAGGAGGCACAUUAA